GCGUGUGGCGAUUGUCGCGAUGGGAGAGCCAACAGAGGAGUACAAGGCCCGGAUCCAGGAGCUCCUCCUGGCUGAGAAGGUUGAAGCCCGAAGAAGAGAAAAGAGGCGGAAAAGUGACGAGGCCGCUCCCAAGCGUGCGCGACGUGGCGGCUGGGAUUCUCAGACUCAGGAGCCGGAGAACGGCACGGAGAAACCUGCUAGUGGAGAAGUUGCCGAGCCAGCGCCGGAGGAGUCCGAGGCCAAUGCCAAGGAGGGGGAAGAGGCCACCGAGGCAAAGCCGGAGGAGGAAGAGGAGAAGAUUCAGCUGACCGAGGAAGAGAAGGCAAAGUGGUUCCGCACCUUGGAGCCUCCAGAUCUGUCCUCCAGCACGCUUGCUAAGUGUUUCGCGGACUAUAGCAUCCCGGCCGACGACGAGGGCUUCGACGAAGUCCGGUAUGUUUGGCAGCAAAAGGACGAGUGCCAGAAGAUCAUCAGCGAGUGGGUCCUCGACCACAAGAAGACAAUGCGAAUCGAGGACCUAAACCCAUCGACCUGGUUCAGGGAGCGCCUCGACCGAUGGCAGCAUCAGUACCAGGAGUGGAAGCGGAAGCAGAGCGAGAUCCGGGAGGCCGUUCGGAAAGGCGAGUUCCGAAAGAGGCCCCGCAAGGAGGUAUCUGCAGAUCCAGGCAAUGAUGCUGAAAUGAAAGAAGGUGACGAGGGCGGCGCCCCUGAGGGCCAAGCGGAGGUGAAUGACGAGGACUUGGAUGUCUUCGGCGUCGAAAAUGUCAUGGACAUCGGCGAUGGUCGGCCACUUUUCCUCAGCUUCGUGUAUGAGGACUGGGUCCUCCUCACCCUUAGAUACGAGCUGCAUCUGCUGGUGCAUGCCUUUAGGCAUGACGUCGCAGAUGAAGACAGGCCGAGCUUCCACGAGCGUCACCUGGAGUUCUACUUCCACAAGUACUACAGGAGAAGCCUGCAGCUGAAGAUGUUCGGCGUGCAGACGAACGAAGAGCUGAUAGCUUUAGUAAAGGAUUCCGUCUCCAUCAGCAAGGAGACGCAGCUUCUGGAAGCGACGAUGCCUGUGGAGGAGCCGCUGGACAAGUUCCUCCGCCUUGCGGAGGAGCACCGAAGGGACAGACAGC